GAAGAAGAAAGCAUCACAUCAUCCACGGACUGCAACUUUUCUCCGAAUGCGCCUUCGACGACAAGCAAAACAACGGUCAAUAUUUCGCGGUUGGGUCGCUUGAGAUUUUGGAGCUGCAUUUCUGCCGUUAAUUCGUCGCUGCUCCGGAUCGGUUCCGGUCUUUUCGUGUUGAUUCCUGUUCCUUCGGGUGGGGACAAACGAUUUGUGUGUGGGAAGGUGUAAAAAGUGUGUUAAAACUGAUAGAAAAUAUCGCUAGCGUUCUAGCGAGUGAACAAAAAUGGGUGACAGCAAAAAUAUCAGGGUGGCCGUUCGGGUUCGACCGUUCAACAGACGGGAGCUGGAGCAGAAUCAGCGGAACAUCAUCAAGGUUCUAGACCGUUCCACGCUUAUGUUUGAUCCGGACGAAGAUGAAGACGAGUUUUUCUUCCACGGGAUGAAACAAACCCAUAGGGACAUAACAAAACGGGUGAAAAAGAAACUCAGUAUGGAGUACGACGAAGUGUUCGACCCCGAGGCCAACAAUGAGGCUAUUUUCGAAGCAUGCACAAAACCGUUAGUCCAGUCCGUGAUGGAUGGAUACAACUGCUCGGUGUUUGUGUACGGGGCAACCGGAGCAGGAAAAACUUUCACCAUGCUCGGCAACGAGGACUGUCGGGGAAUAACGUUUCUGACGAUGAGAGAACUGUUUCGGCAGAUCGACAGCUUGAGUAGCGUACGGAAGUUCGACAUAGGAAUUUCAUAUCUCGAGGUCUAUAACGAGCUGGUGAUGAAUUUGUUGACCAAAACGGGUCCUUUGAAGCUUCGAGAAGAUUCCAGCGGCGUGGUGGUCAGCGGAUUGAUCCUAAAACAGAUUCACAACGCUGAAGAACUGUUGGGUCUGUUGGCACUUGGCAAUCAAAAUCGAACGCAACAUCCGACCGAUGCUAAUGCAGAGAGCAGCCGCAGUCACGCAAUCUUUCAGGUGCAUCUCCGAAUGGUUGACAAAAGCACCGGUCAGAAAAGAACAGUAAAGCUAUCUAUGAUUGAUCUGGCAGGGAGUGAACGGGCGGCCAGUACUAAAGGAAUUGGGGCUCGCUUCAAGGAAGGUGCCAAUAUCAACAAAAGCCUCCUGGCUUUGGGCAACUGCAUCAACAAACUAGCUGAUGGCUUGAAACACAUCCCCUAUCGAGACUCAAAUCUGACUAGGAUCCUUAAGGACAGUCUUGGCGGCAAUUGCCAAACGCUGAUGAUUGCGAACGUAUCGCCAUCUUCACUUACUUACGAUGACACGUAUAACACGCUGAAGUAUGCUUCCCGAGCGAAGAAGAUUCGCACCACCCUAAAGCAAAAUAUUGUCCCCUCCAAUGUACCCAAGGAAUACCUCGUCAAAAAGGUCAAUGAACAGGCGGCUGAGAUCGAACGGUUGAAGGCGAGGUUAAAAGAUUUGGAGGAGCAAAAAACGGCUGCAGUUGCUGCGGCCACGGCCGCCAAAUCGGCAACUAAUGGAUUUAGCAUGCCAAGCGAGACCCUACUCAACACAUGGCGCUCGAGAAUUGACCAGUGCUAUGGGACAGUGAAAAAAGCUCAGGAACAUUAUUUCAGUUUGCAGAGCAAGGAGAAAAUUCUAAACCUGCGAGCGAAGCUGAAAGCGCAAGUCGAGAGCAUCAAGAAAAUUGUAACGCUGGAUGGGAAACAUUUGAAUUCGGAUAUAGCCCGAUUGGAAGCGUCGAUUGAUCGUUACAACAAACAGGUAACUCGUCAAAAAGAUGAAAUGAAUCGCUGGGCGAAACGCUACAAAGACGCAUUAAAAAGCUUGGAAGAUCUUCGCGAAGAAGUUCGCUCUUCAGAUCUUGCCAUUUUGCUUGGAUUCUAUGUACGAGCGAAAGAUCACGAAUUAGAAUCCAAUAAGUCACACUACAAGAAAAAUCAUGUUAUGAAAAUCAAUAUGAUCUAUAUGGACGAAAAUCGACAGUUGGAAAAGAUUACCACUCUGAGUGCAGAAAUCGUCCAGCAAGAUUAUUUGUUGCUCAGGAGUAUGAACAGGCUGGAUAACGUGACUCUGGAGAAAAUGGAACAGAUGGCUCGACUGGACAUCUACACACGUGGCGUGCGGUUCAGUGAUGAUGACGAACAUGGAGAACUGAUGAAGGAAGUCAAUAUCACCGAUACGAGCAUCGACGAGAUUACGAACCUGUCUGAUUGUGCCGAUUUCCCCGCAAUACCCAGUACGGAUAUGGAAACAGACUGUGGAGUAAAACGCUUGAACGAUGAUGAUGAAUCCGAGUCUGAGGGUGAACGCAAAAAAGCCAAAGAGGACCACAAUAAGCAACUGGAGUUCAAAAAGCCAAAAGCUUUAAGACCUCUUAACCUGCAACCGAAAAGUUUGAGUAUUAGAUCCUCCAUCAGUAGGAAGACGCCCACUAAAACGCAAAGGACAACUACAAUCACGCAAUUCAAAGUGCCCAAACUUAUUGUGAGCAAUCCUCCAAAACCUUCCAGUGCGAAAAAACGACAAAAGGUGGCCAAUUCUUCCACGUCGUCCAAUGACACCAGUGAUGUCUCGGACGGUCCGGACGAGAAUGGUGGGGCUGCAAACAGUACUUUCUGCAUCGAUGGAGACAAAGAUGCAACAAGUUCCUUGUUCUCGAAUGUGCUGGUUGAAAGCAAUGUUAAUCCGCAUGUGCUGAAGAAAGUGUUGCGUCGUGCAUCGAUGAAAGGCAAUGUCAUUUCCAAGGUGACGUUGACUUUGAAUAAGGAAAACCGAAAAUUUAGUCCCAAACGUGUUGGCAAAAGUCCGCGACCUGUGCUGCGAACCAACAGUAGACCGCACACCUCGGCAGCAAGUGUAAUCAACCGGUACAGAAUGAUGAAGGCUAGUGCGACGGCCGGUGCAUCUUCUUCGACGAAACAUUCUGCGGUGCCUGCAAAUUCUGGUGACUCUAAGACCACAGCAAUCGACAGUGACAAUGAGCGAAAAAUUCGAAACCUCAGGAAAUGAGUGGAAGUCGUAGCGAAGAGGCACACUUGUGUUUUAAUAUUUUGUAAACAUGUUUGAACUUUCUGUAAAUGUACGUUUGUGGAUUAUCGGAGUUUUCGUUAUAAUUUGAUAACAUUAUUCGGAUGCGCAUGUUGAGCAUAUGCAUCUGUUUGAACUGCGUGUAUUUUAAGGUGGGUUUCUAUAAUCAUUGGGUAUAUCAGUCGCAAGAAUAAAAUAGCUGAAUAUAAUCGUAAAAUGCUUUAAUACUAUAUCUUGUCAAUAUGUGGAAAUUCGAAAUAUGUAUCAUCGUUUUCCGACUAAAUUAACAGUAAUUUUUUAGUAAUCAUUUUCAACACAUUAAGUGAAAAAAUGUAUUUAUAGUGUUUUAUCUUGUAAAUAAAAAAAUAACAUGACAAAUUAAA